GAGCCAGAGAAGCCAUGCACGAAAUUGCCCGCCUAAGCUGGAGUGUCUUGACUUCCGUUCUGCACGACAUUGUCGCAAGCAUUGGCUGCCUCUACAAGCUCGCCGAAGUGGUCUCCAACAUCGACUUCCUCCUUUCGCUGGCAGAGGCAUGCACGCUCUCCGACUACGUUCGUCCGGAGUUCACCGACACCCUGUGCAUCAUUGAAGGCCGUCACCCUGUGCUGGAAAAAGUGGGCAUGCGCACUUUCAUCCCGAACGACACGUUUGCAAGCUCGCACCACAACUGCAACGUCAUUACUGGUCCAAACAUGAGCGGCAAGUCCACCUACCUGAAGCAGGUGGCAGCACUACAAGUAAUGGCCCAGCUGGGUUCCUUCGUGCCUGCCAAGUACGCGUCAUUUCGCAUCGCCGACCAGAUCUUCGCACGCACGGGACACCGGGACGACAUCGAGACCAACUGCUCCACUUUCCUCAUGGAGAUGCGGGAGAUCAACUACAUCCUGCAGAACUUCACCGACAGCUCGCUCGUCAUCAUCGACGAACUUGGACGAGGUACCAGCGAAGAAGAAGGUUCAGCUAUGUGCGUCGCAAUAAUUGAGAAGCUCAUCAACUCCGACGCUUUUGUGAUUGUUGCCACUCACUUCGACCUGAUGACGCAGCUGGAAUCUAUGUACCCCAACGUCAUAAAGCAAGUACCGCCAUCCUUGCAGUUGCUUGUAGCCUCAAACCUGUUCUCGUAA